UGCCAAAGUGGCCCGAGCAGUGCCCUUCAACCAAAAUGUCAUAAAUUCACAUGAGAACAGAAAUCAAACAUUCAAAAUUGAGCUCUCUCUAGUGUCGUAUUUUUUAUUGAAAGACCCACGUACUCGGAUCUUUUCCGGCAGCUGGAGCACCAUAAACCAUGGACGGAUGCCAUAACGACAUCUUGGCGCCAAUCAUCCUGGCCGUUAUGGUUACCAACGGUCAUCCCCUCUCUCUGGACGAGAUCGUCGAUAGCGUUACGGAAGUGAUUAACUCCCAAUUCGAUUACGCAAAUCGGGCUCAGGAUGCUGCCUUCGAUGGCAAGCACUGCCAUAAGAGAUCGCCUCGUCGCAGAAGAAAAUAAGUCAUCCAUCCAGCUACCAUUCUGAGUUAUGGGCCCCGUUUUAUAAGAAUAAUAAGGAUUAAUAGGAAGGUGUUUCAAAGAUCAACAAGGACCUUAUACAAUAGAACAUUAUAUGUUUAUCAGAAUAUAUAUAAAAACGGAAUUUUAAUAUCUCUAUACGAUUUUGAAGUAAACGGAGCUUAAAAUUUGAAACUAAAAUACAUUAUUAUUUCUUUUCAGA